UCACCAUCACCAUUUCCAUAACAUCACUUCCUCCACAACUUCAUACCCACUUCUCAAAAUCUGUUCUUUAGCCCUUCUGAAUUUUCACUUCUCAAUCUCCUUUUGAAUUUUUGCGCUUUUGGGCUCACCAGAAAAUCAAGAAAAUGGCGGAAGAAACCAAGAAACCAGCCUCUGAGACUACGCCGGAGACAACCCAAGAGGUUGUCGUGUCUGAUGUCCCCGUGCCGGAGAAGGAAACUGCCACCCCUCAACCUGAACCAGUACCUGUCCCUGAGACGCCGGAGAAAUCUGCUGCUCCGGUGCCGGAGGAAAGUACUGAAGCUGAAACUGAUAAGGAAAAAGAUGCUGUUGCUGAAUCUGCUUCGUUUAAGGAAGAGAGUAACAAAGUUGAAGAGCUCCCAAAUCCUGAACAAAAGGCUUUAGCGGAGUUCAAACUGUUGGUUCAAGAGGCUCUGAACAAACAUGAAUUCACUGCUCCGCCGCCACCCCCGCCGGCCAAGGAGGAGGAGAAGAAACCAGAUGCUGAAACAGCUGAACCUGCCGCUGCCGCUGCCCCAGAGGAGGAGGAGAAAAAGGAAGAACCUGCUGUCGCUGCUGCUGAAACUACAGCCGCCGCUGAUGUACCGGCUGAGACCCCGGCGAUAGCGGAGCCAGUGAAGGAAGAGGAGAAAAAAGAAACUCCACCACCAGCUCCAACGGCGGUGGUGGAAGAGAAGAAAGAAACUCCACCACCAACUCCGCCGGCGGUGGAAGAGAAGAAAGAGGAGGAGAAAGCAAUUCCACCACCAGCAGCACCGGCGACCGCAGAGCCAUCGGAGAAAGUGACCGAAAAGGUUGCAGCAGUGGUGGAAGAUGACGGUGCUAAAACCGUGGAGGAAAUCAAGGAGACAAUAGUCGAAGUCACAGCCGCCGCUGCACCACCAGCACCGGCGGAGGAACCAGCAGUUUCAGCAGCCGCAGAAGAGGAGAAACUAACAGAAGAACCAAAAGAAGAAAUCCCACCAGAAGAAGUAUCCAUCUGGGGAAUUCCCUUAUUGGCUGACGAGAGGAGUGACGUCAUCCUCCUCAAGUUCCUCAGAGCCAGAGAUUUUAAGGUGAAGGAAGCUUUUGCCAUGUUAAAAAGUGUCGUGGCAUGGCGCAAAGAGUUCAAAAUUGAUGAACUUUUGGAAGAGGAUCUGUCUGGAUUAGGACUGGAAAAAGUUGUGUACAAUCAUGGUGUUGACAAAGAAGGACAUCCUGUUUGUUACAAUGCAUUUGGGGCAUUUCAGGACAAUGAAUUGUACCAAAAUACUUUUGCUGAUAAGGAGAAGAUGAACAAGUUCCUCAGAUGGAGAAUUCAGUUCAUGGAAAAAUCUAUUAGGAACCUUGACUUUAGCCCUGAUGGCAUAUGCACUUUUGUUCAGGUUAUUGAUCUCAAGAAUUCACCUGGACUUUACUUUUUCAAGAAAGAGCUUCGACAGGCUACCAACCGUGCCCUUCAAUUACUCCAGGACAAUUACCCUGAAUUUGUUGCCAAGCAGGUGUUUAUCAAUGUGCCAUGGUGGUAUCCAGCUUACUACAGGAUGAUUAAUGCACUUUUCACUACAAGGACCAAGAGCAAGUUUGUCUUUGCUGGCCCUUCAAGAUCUGCAGAGACUCUCUUCAAAUACAUUGUCCCUGAACAAGUGCCAGCUCAAUAUGGUGGACUUAGUAGGGAGGGUGAACAGGAAUUCACUAUUGCUGAGGCUGCAACUGAGGAUACCAUUAAGCCUACUUCCAAACACACUAUUGAAUUCCCAGUUACUGAGAAGACUAGUUUGGUGUGGGAAGCUAGAGUAAUAGGGUGGGAUGUAUCCUAUGGAGCAGAAUUUGUGCCCAGUGCUGAAGGUGGAUACACAAUCAUUGUGGAGAAAUCAAGAAAGGUUGCAGCAGCAGAUGAAACAGUGAUUACCAACACCUAUACAACAGUAGAAGCAGGCAAGAUUGUGCUUACAUUUGACAACCAAACAUCUAAGAGGAAGAAGCUUGUCUACAGGUCCAAGACCAAACCCUCUGAUUGAAGACAAACAUAUAAAAACUGCAUUGGAAAAUGAAGAGGGUUCUUUUGUUCUUUCAUAGUUAUUUAUUUUAAAUUCAUUUUCUCAUGUUGAUAUAAAAAUUUAAUUUUGAGUGUGUGGAGAUAUUUAUUUAAUAUUUGUUGGGAUUUUUUAUGGAAUAUUUUGGUUUGGAUUGUUUUCUGCUAUAUAUGUGGAGGAAACAACUAGGUGGUUUUUGCAAAUGGAUGAUGAGGAAAACAAUGUGGAAAUUUAUACAGACUGUUGGUUGUAAUAUUUGUUGGUUGGAAUGUGGACAGAAAAACUUUGGUUACUAGCUGUUUAUACAUUCCUGUAAAAUUUGUGUA